AGUCAGACAAAAGUUCCGGUACUGGGCAGGAAAAACUUCUCGGAGGCUUCAAUCCCACAGACCGGAAGGGCUGCUGUAGAAACAAAAUCCAUCAAAAGCAGUGUGGCUUUCUGAGAGGGCUCUGAAAACAGCGACUACUGUGGGCGCCACGGCUAGCAGUCGCGCUUCAACUCUAUGGCUCCGGGUGGCUAGACGUGCCCAAUUUGGGGAUUAUUUUGUGGGCGCUCAUAAAACGACCCGGAAACGGAAGUCGAAGAACGUUCUUGUAGCUUGAGGUAUCGGCGGGAGCGGCCGAGUGGCGCGAGGAGCCGUUAUCAGAGCCGGAGCUGCGGGUUAAGCCUGAUCAAGAUGACAACCUCCCAAAAGCACCGAGACUUCGUGGCAGAGCCCAUGGGGGAAAAGCCAGUGGGGAGCCUGGCCGGGAUUGGUGACACCCUGAGCAAGAGGCUGGAAGAAAAGGGCUUUGACAAGGCUUAUGUGGUCCUUGGCCAGUUUCUGGUGCUAAAGAAAGAUGAAGACCUCUUCCGAGAAUGGCUGAAAGACACCUGCGGUGCCAAUGCCAAGCAGUCCCGGGACUGCUUUGGGUGCCUUCGAGAAUGGUGUGAUGCCUUCUUGUAAUGUUCUCAGGGGACCCCUCAGCCCCCAACCACAGCAUAGUGUCUCCAGAGUCUGCAGCAGGGCAGGGCUCCUCCCUGUCUUCCAUGAAGGAAAAGAUUGCUGUUGUCAUCCUCACCUCCUAUGUACUCCAGGGUCUUCUGGGAGUUUUCUCCCCUCAGCAUUUCAGCCUUUCUCGAAUUCUGCCCUUGCAUGCCUUCCCCUUCCACCUCCCCUGCAAUUUUAUGGCAACAGCUACCAGCUUUCCUGAAUGGAUUCCUGGCCCCCCUCUCCCUCCAUCACCAUCUGUUGGAUGCCCUUUGGCUCCUUUCCUUUUUUUGGCAAAAACAGUCACUGUCCUUAUAAAAGAUUUUUAAAUUAAUAAAGUCAGUGGCCUUCA